UUUCAAAUGACUAUGCGGACUUUAUGUUAUAAAAACAAGCAGAUAUCGUUGUAGUUCCGAUAGCCGAAACAAUUAUCCACCUCAAAGCUGAGCACAUAGGGGGGGGAGUUGUCUAUAUUUCCCAUCUUCCGUUUGUCCAUGAAUGCAGCAUUGCUAUUAGCUUAUAUAUUAUAGCCAAGAAGCUAUACGCUGCUAUUCAGAUUCGUUUUUAGAUUAUCGAUCAUAACAGUUAUGUCUUUUAAAAGAGAAGGUGAUGAUAAAAGCCAGCUGAAUCUCCUUAAGAAACGUCGUGUGGCAGACCUUUUGUCUAAUUUUAUUCCAGAAGAUGAGGCUGCUCUUAUGAAAAACGGAAGGUACACUUGCCUUGUGUGUUCCUACCGUCCUGUGUUUGAUACAGUCGACAUGUUGGCAGUCCACAGAAAAGGAAAGAGGCAUCUAGACGGGCUAAAAGCAUUUUAUGGCAAGAAAGCACGGCUGAAGACUGAAAUAACAAAACGGCAACAUGAAAACUAUGUCCAGGCUGAAGAAAAAAGGCAGGAGCCCUCCAGUUCAGCCCCAUUACUAGCACAAACACGGAAGCUCACCCAUCAUGCUUUGCUGAAAACGGUACCAUAUAACAGCUGUCAUAGAAAAACCAGUACAAAAUCUGAAAAAGUGACAGCAAGUGCCAGCUCAAACCCCAGUGACAACAUGACAUCUGCCUGCUGGGAGUCUGGCAUUUCAGUGAACACGUCACAAAGCAACUCUACUGUCUGUUCAACAGCCAAUAACGAGCCACAUCCAUCAAAAGAUACUGCCGAAUGUCAGGCUGCAGAGAGACAGGAGGCUGAACCCAUUACUGCUCAGAGGAAGAGGGAGCUGGAGCACUAUCUCAAACUGAAAAGUGACGGGUGGCUGCAAGACCACAGCGGCAAGUGGGUUAAAGACGAGAAUGUCGAGUUUGAUUCAGAUGAGGAAGAGCCACUUACGCUUGCCCCAGCGCCUGCAAAUAAAUGAGAGCACCAGAAUGGUGUGGACGCACAGAUAAAACUUGUACCACAGUGGUACGUUCACGAGGCGCAGUGCUGCAUAAAACCGACAGCUCAAUGUGAAAAAAAUAUUUAACAGAUUUAUUCUGUUCAUCAGCCUU